AUGAGUAUCACUCAAACAUACUACCUCGCUCACACCGCCCGCAAGAAGCUCACUCGGGAAGCUUCGCGGGCGGACCAUGACCUUCGCCUUCUGGUCGGUCAUGCCAAUCUGCUUGAUUCUUUGAUGAUGGACCUGGCCGAUGCCGAACAAGAACAAGAACGCUGGUUCAAUCAGACCGUCAAUGGCGCUACAACUGCCGCCUCGCCUGUUCCGGAGUCGCGACACAUUCAAUGGGCCGAUACUGUGGUUGAGGAGCCCGAGGAGGACUGGGAUCCCGAGGAUGCAUCCGACCUCGACUCGGAUGUCAGCGACGAUUCAGACUACGACGGUGAAGACUACUACGAGGAGGAACAGACUUUCGCCGCCAUCCAAUUGCCGGUGCGUGCGCGGGCCCCAUCGCCCGUGGCCAUCAUUACCGAGACCGAAGUGGAGGACUUUGACUCAGAUUCGGACUCGGACUUUGAAUACGAUGAUGUGGAGGAUUUGGAGGAGCUUACCCUCACCCGGUCACCGUCGCGACAAACACCUCCCGAGCUGUCCUCGGACUCUGACGAAGAAUCCGAGGACGAUAGCGGGCCUCCAUCGCCACAACAACCCACGCUGGCCAAUUUCUCAGAGAAGCAGGCCCAAUCAACCGAGCUGCCCCUGGCCGAUCCUGAAUUCGGCCAAGGGUAUUACGUUUCCGAACAGGAACAGAGCCCCAUCAUCGAGGCGUUCUGA